GUCCUUAUUUAGCUGCUCCGGUCACAGAGAUGCACCGAGUCAUGAUGAGAUGAACCUACAGUCCAGAAGCCAAGCAAACGAAAACAUGGCGUAGAGAACACUACCAGCCGGCGGGACCGUCGCUGGGCCAUGGUCAUUGAGUUCGUCCGUUACACAAGUCCAUUUCUAUGAUGGGUCAUACGGUUAUUGAUGGAUUAUAUCUUAUAAUGAGCUUCUAGGUAUCCUUAUCUUCCCUUCAGAUCGGUAACCCCUUCCCGAAUUUUGUCUCUUCGCCUUCUCAAUUCCCAUCCUGCUCGAAACUUCAUUCGACAAUGGAUUCCAUUCCCGCCAGCAGCAAUCUUUCAUUCGUGCUUGAUAAGCCGAAGUCCGUAUCCUUUCACGAACGAGCGAUCCCCGAACUCGGCAGUCCACAAGAUGUGCUCGUCUCCGUCUCGUACACUGGUAUUUGUGGAUCGGAUGUCCAUUACUGGCAGCAUGGCGCAAUUGGCCAUUACGUGGUGAAGGAUCCAAUGGUCUUGGGGCACGAGUCCUCCGGCAUAGUCACACAAGUAGGCUCCGAAGUCACUUCCUUAAAAGUCGGCGAUCGAGUCGCUCUGGAACCUGGAUAUCCCUGUCGGCAUUGCGAACGUUGCCUCGGUGGCCAUUAUAAUCUUUGCCGAGAUAUGCGCUUCGCAGCAACGCCUCCUUAUCAUGGUACUCUUACUGGAUUCUGGGCCUCACCAGCAGACUUUUGUCAUAAGCUGCCUGACCACGUCUCCAUGCAAACGGGGGCUCUCAUCGAGCCUCUCGCUGUGGCCGUUCACAUCAUUCGGCAAGCCAAAGUGUCACCUGGCCAAUCGGUUAUAAUAAUGGGCGCUGGUCCAGUGGGUUUGCUCUGUGCUGCAGUUGCAAAAGCAUUUGGUGCUACGGUCGUUUGCUCUGUUGAUGUUGUAGACACCAAACUCCAAUUUGCAAACCAGUUUGCCAGUACCCAUGUAUAUCUUGCACAAAAUACCAGCCCUGAGGAGAAUGCGGAGAAUCUAAAAGCUCUCCUCGGGCUCUACGAUGGAGUGGAUGUGGUCAUAGAUGCUUCUGGGGUCGAAACUUCUAUACAAACAUCUUUACAAGUUGUGCGCGCAGGUGGUACAUUCGUACAAGGUGGGAUGGGCAAGAGUAAUAUCACAUUUCCCAUUAUGUCAUUGUGCCAGAAAGAAGUCACAGCUAAGGGCUCUUUCCGUUACGGCAGUGGCGAUUAUAAAUUAGCGAUCCAGCUUGUGGGUGGUGGCCAGAUAGACGUCCAGCGUCUGAUCACGCAGAUAUUUCCUUUCUCAGAAGCAGAACAUGCAUUUGAGAAGGUAAGAGAUGGUCAAGCUAUAAAGGUGUUGAUUGCCGGGCCGAAUGAAAGGAUACCGACGGCAUAACAUAGGACUUGGGGUUACAAAGCCUAAUAAAACCACAGAAUCAACCC